GGAAGUAGCCUCAACCUCAAUCCCAACACUAGUCGGUAUAUGGAAUUUGAAUUUUAGUUUAUAGAAUUACUCCUUCAGCUGCGUCACGCACCCAAAAACCAAACCAAAAAAGGAAAUUUUGUGCUCAAGUUGAAGAGUGGGGAAGAGCGAGGCGGCUCAUUUUGCAUGGGAUGUUCUUAACCUACCCAAUUCAUUCAAACACUUACAUUUUCACGCUUCAUACUCAUCCCAUUUCUGUUGCUUUUUUAGAAUCAUCACACUUGCUUUGCUAUCAUCUCCAUCCCCUAUGAGGACUUCCUCCUCAAAUACUGCAAUGAUGGAGAUUCAGGCUAAUAAACCAGCUGGGACGGGCAUGGUGGUUGGAGGUUUGAGCCCUUUGAGUGAAACUCUAUGGAGGGAGAAGACCGUUACGGAGUUUAUGGGAGAUGUAUCCGCCAGGCUCACCUGGGAAGACCUCACCGUAAUGGUAACUCUCAGCAAUGGGGCGACCCAGAAGGUGUUGGAAGGGCUGACUGGUUAUGCUGAACCCGGUACACUCACCGCUCUCAUGGGCCCUUCCGGCUCCGGAAAAUCCACGCUUCUUGAUGCACUCUCCAGCCGCUUGGCUGCUAACGCCUUCCUUUCCGGAACCAUUCUCCUCAAUGGUCGUAAAACCAAGCUUUCUUUCGGAACUGCAGCCUAUGUUACUCAAGAUGACAACUUAAUUGGCACGCUUACUGUUCGGGAAACCAUUUCCUACUCCGCUCGGCUCCGUCUCCCCGAUACGAUGCCCUGGUCUGCGAAGCGGGACCUCGUUGAAGGUACGAUUAUCGAAAUGGGCCUCCAAGAUUGCGCUGAUACUGUUAUUGGGAAUUGGCAUUUGCGUGGGAUCAGUGGAGGAGAAAAGAGGAGGGUCAGCAUAGCUCUUGAAAUUUUGAUGAGGCCCAGAUUGCUCUUCCUUGAUGAGCCAACCAGUGGCCUUGACAGUGCUUCAGCAUUUUUUGUCACCCAGACUUUACGAGGCCUGUCAAGAGAUGGUAGAACUGUAAUAGCUUCAGUUCAUCAGCCCAGCAGUGAAGUCUUUGAGCUAUUUGAUCAGUUAUAUUUGCUGUCUGAAGGCAAAACCAUUUAUUUUGGCCAGGCUUCUGAAGCAUACGAGUUCUUUGCUCAAGCCGGAUUUCCAUGCCCUGCCUUGAGAAAUCCAUCUGACCAUUUUCUUAGAUGCAUCAAUUCUGACUUUGAUAAAGUUAAGGCUACUCUCAAAGGAUCCAUGAAAUUACGGUUUGAGGCAAGUGAUGAUCCCCUGGAGAAGAUUACCACAACUGAAGCUAUCCGAACUCUUAUUAACUUCUACCGUACAUCACAUCAAUGUUAUGCCGCGAAGGAAAAGGUUGAUGAGAUAUCCAAAGUUAGAGGAACCGUGCUAGAUUCCGGAGGCAGUCAAGCUAGUUUCUUGAUGCAGUCUUACACUUUAACCAAGCGCUCAUUCGUGAACAUGUCUCGAGACUUCGGCUAUUAUUGGCUAAGGCUGCUCAUAUAUGUUGUUGUCACUGUUUGCAUUGGAACCAUUUAUCUCAAUAUUGGAACCAGCUACAAUUCAAUUCUGGCAAGGGGUGCAUGUGCUUCUUUUGUGUUCGGUUUUGUCACAUUCAUGUCAAUCGGUGGGUUCCCUUCCUUUGUGGAGGACAUGAAGGUUUUCCAAAGGGAGAGGUUAAAUGGCCACUAUGGUGUAACUGCAUUUGUUAUAGGGAAUACACUGUCAGCUAUGCCAUUCCUCAUAAUGAUAACCUUCAUCUCUGGAACUAUUUGUUACUUUAUGGUUCGUCUUCACCCAGGCUUUGAACAUUAUAUGUUCUUCGUGUUGUGCCUUUAUGCGAGUGUUACUGUGGUUGAGAGCUUGAUGAUGGCCAUUGCCAGUAUCGUCCCCAAUUUCCUCAUGGGGAUCAUCACAGGAGCAGGGAUUCAGGGAAUAUUCAUGCUUGUUUCUGGCUACUUCAGGCUCCCAAACGACAUCCCAAAACCUGUGUGGCGUUACCCAAUGUCCUACAUCAGCUUCCAUUUCUGGGCUUUACAGGGACAAUACCAAAAUGAUCUGAAGGGACUGUUGUUUGAUAAUCAACCACCGGAGCUUCCCAAGAUUCCUGGCGAAUACAUCCUUGAAAACGUGUUCCAAAUCGACGUUGGACGGUCGAAAUGGAUCGAUCUAAGUGUGAUAUUCAGCAUGAUCAUAAUUUACCGCAUCAUCUUCUUCUUGAUGAUAAAGAUCAGCGAGGAUGUUACCCCUUGGAUCAGAGGUUUGGUAGCCAGGAGAAGGAUGCAACAAAAGAAUGGAACACAAAAUACGAUGGUUGCGCCCUCUCUCUUGCAAUCUCCUUCGCUGAGGAAUUAUGUCGCAAAUCGAGCUAAUGGAAGGGGUAAAAGGUAGACAACAGGGUAUGCAUGCAUUCAUGCGAUCACCUUUGAGUCUCGAGAUACAAACAAUCCUACAACGACAUCAGUUUCCUAACAUUUAAACCUUAUGCUUUACUUCAUCUAUAUAGAAUUUGCUUUAAAAUUAUAUGCAACAAUCUGUAUUGUGCGUUUGAAGUUAAUAUAUAUACAAGCAAUGCCAUUAAUAUAUUCCA